AUGAGCACUGAUAGCCUGAUCGGCUCCCUUCACCUGGUGGCUGACGCCUUUCGGGCCCGAGCAGAUCAGCAGCAGGAGGACGCCAAGCCCUCGACGCGCACAAGCCCUACAAAUGAGCCAACACUUGCCAUGCCUUUGGCCCACGAAAAGUCGUCUCCUGGCGUCGACGUGAUAUCUACCCCUUUUACCAACAUGAUGGCAAUACAAGCGCUCGAUGAUAGCGGAUGCGUGGAUGACGGAGGAAGCGCGGAGAGCAAGCCAUCAACCCCUGAAUCUCCACCCAGCAUGGGGGCCAUCGCUAGGACUGAUCAGCCCCAACCGCACAGCCCGUCCCAAGCACCCUCCGAGGCUCGUGAUCGGUCCGACCAUGAUUCUGUGCACAGGCCCACCCUAGACAGUCCCACGACCAUCGAGCAAGAAUCUUGCUCAGACGCAGACCUGACCGAACGGUUGGGACUUGAGGCACAGAUUGCAUUGAAAGAAGAGGUUCUCUUGUAUCAGCAGCUUCUGCGCCGCGUAACCUCACCAGACCGUGCAGAUUUAGCCCAAGAUCUGCUUCAAGCACGACAACAAGCCACACGCAUCCAUUGGCAAUAUGAGCGCCUGCGGCGGCAUCAAGACUUUACGCUGCAGCGCCUUGAAUCACUAGGACGGCAAAUCAAGCAAUGCGUACAACAGCAGAACUCUGGCCACCCUGACAAGAAGACCUUCGAAGAGCAGAUUUCACAGCUUGAGGCGCUGCUGCUCGCCAUGGCACGGGCGAGAAGGAAUCUCAAUCACCACGCCCUUGCCGAUUAUCAUGCUCCUAGAGUUCGGGGACAGAAGACGGUCGUCCCUGUGCCGAUAGGCGCAUGGCCGGCCAUGUUCUGGAGAAGACAGUCAAAUGUACAGCUGGCAUUGGCAUUGGUCUUUGCCCUACUAGCUCUGUUUUGCGCUUGGUGGUGGCAUCUCGGGGUCUUUGACGAACCACCAAACGAGUUUUUCUGA